CAACUUAUCAUUACAUUUCAAUUUCGACGAUCUUACGAGCAUGGAAACAUUUUUUUAUACAUUAAUAAAUGCAUUAAGAGUGAUAAUAUUUUGAUUAUAAUAUAUAAAUUUUAGCAACCGGAUCGUCUGCCUUACAUUUGAAAAAGACGCAGACGAAGCGAUGUCGUCUGCCGCAUAUGGACGAAGUCUUAUUAGAUGACUAAAAACAAAGUAAAAAUAACCGCACGACGAUUAAUUCGAUAGAGUAUUUAAUACACGAGUAACGUGUUAUGGUAAUAAAUAGGAAUUUGAGCUUUCGAUUAAUUAAAAUAAUAAACGAACAGUGGAUUAUUUUUCUGCUCGAAGGAAUAUUGGUGUAAGAUCCAAGUUUGAAACGCUGGUUCGCGCGCGAAUCUAGUGUGGUCGCCAUCUUGGAUCGACGAUUUUAAUGUUUGAAUUGGAGUCUUCUUGGAUUACGUUUUAAACAAGAAAUCUGCCUGAUUAGCAAUUAAUAACGAUUCAUUCGUCAGUUCUGACGACUCGAGAAUAAGCAAAUUGGCAUUUUAAGAGGUUUGUUUUGUAUUGAGAAUUCACCAUGUUUUAUGCACAUUUUGUUUUGGCUAAGAAAGGCCCUCUAGCCCGAAUUUGGUUGGCAGCUCACUGGGACAAAAAGUUAACAAAAGCACAUGUAUUUGAAACAAAUAUUGAAAGCAGUGUUGAAGGUAUUUUACAACCCAAGGUAAAAAUGGCUCUACGAACUUCUGGACAUCUUUUACUUGGGAUUGUCCGUAUAUAUUCAAGAAAAGCAAAAUAUUUAUUAGCUGAUUGCAAUGAAGCUUUCAUUAAAAUCAAAAUGGCUUUCCGUCCUGGUGUAGUUGAUCUUCCUGAGGAAAAUCGUGAAGCUGCUGUUGCUACAAUUACAUUACCAGAAGUUUUUCAUGAUUUUGAUACUGCAAUGCCAGACAUAAACAUUGAUAUGGAAGCGCCACUUACUUUAAAUCAAAGCAGAGCAGAAGAUAUAACUCUUAAAGAAGAUUAUGGAAGUUUAACUCUCAUGACAGAUGAUGGAUUUGGAGAUAUGGGCUUUGAUGACCCUGAAAUGGCUCGAGAUGCAACAAACAUUGAUGAAGGUUUUGAUCAUGCCAGUCUUCUUCUAGGAGAGGAUAAAAAUAAAGAAAAGCCUGAUGAUACUAAUAAUAUGUCACAAAAUAUAAGUAAUCAUUCAAUCCCUGCUAAUAAAUUGAAUAUGUCACUUGAUGCACCAUUAAAAGAUGAUGGUUUUGGUGGUCCAGUUGGUGAAGGCUUACUGGUCAUCACUUGGGGUAAGGUGAAAGAAAGAUCCAAUGAACCGUAA